GAGCUCCGCCCCCUUCCACCUGUCUCUGUGGUCUGUAUAGAGCACUGCUCAGCAGCAAUUGCUCUGCAAAGCCUUAAGUUCCGCCGAAUACCAACCUGGCUCGCCUCGGGCAGUGCUGAAGGCGACAACCUCCGGAGAGCUUGUGCAAAUAUAUACUUUGAAGUCUGGCGGGUACCCCCCAACUUCCGGUUCCAGGAUCGCCCUUUCUGGAGGUGACACUUCUUCAUGCGUGCUCUCUCUAUCCGCAGGAGCUGAGAGCAACUGUCCCCAGAAUCCCUGGACCCUCUUUCAUGGCCUCAGACAUCUGGCUCAGCAUGUGAUUCAAGCCACAGAAAGCAGGCAUCCUGAAACCCUAGGAGGAUGUACCAUACUACACUCUACAGGACUAUGAAGUGUCAAGGAAAGCCGGGCCUCUGGGGCUGGUGUCUGUACAGCUCUCUACAAAUUGAAUCUUUGUGGCUGCAGAAUGGCUAUUAAGUUUCUGGGGCUAGUGCUCGGGUUACAAGUGUCUGUGAAGGAUGACUUCAAACUCCUUGAGUCUGCACCUGGGUGCGGUGGAUAACAGCCGCAGGAGCCUGAUGGCUACAGGUCUGGAAGAGCAGCUGUCAGGAUCGGGAGAAGGGAUGCUGAUGGCCAACACAGUCCUAGUUUUCAUGCCAUUGUGGGUGUGGUCCAUGCUGUUCCUCAUUAGUAUCUGCGACCAUCUGUGCUGGCAGGUGCUUCCUGCUUUGUCAUGCUUCUGUGUCUGGCUGACUACCUUGUUUCCAUCCUGGCACCUAGAAUUUUUAACUCCAGUAAAUGAACCACUUAAAGAACAGCAGCCAUUUCAUGACAUGGGCAUCAGUCUAGUAAAAACUCAGGGCAGGGCUUUGGACGGAUGCAAACGCAUCUUCCUACUAAGAAGAGCCUAAAAUGCACUUGACCUUGAUCACCACAGUCCUUUCCUGCGUGCAGCUGAUUGGGUGAGACGGUGAGUUCACAGGCUGCUUCUCUCUUACCUGAUGGCGACUUCUGUGCUGUUGCUUUGUGAACUAAGACAUCGUGGGAUGGUUUGAAAGUAUAUGGGGAUGGGCAAGUGUUACAUGAACAAGGCUUGAAAGCAAGAAGCAAAGGAGAGUGAGCGGUGCAUCCGCUUCCUUCUGUGCGGUUAGCGGAGUGGAACAGCCUCACUCCUCUUCUGGGCACCACCACGUCACAGAAGUGGUUCUUUGCUGCAUCCACUUUGCCGGUGAUGACAGACAUUUGCGUGUAGUGUCUUAGUGUCGUCCGGUAUAGAGAGAAGCUGGGCACUUUGGAGUCAGUUUACAUCGUGGACCCCAAUGAUGCAUCGAUACUCUUCUCAUGCGAGGGUCCCAACCCGGAGCGGUUCCUCGUGCCCCCUUGGGUGGCCUAUCACCAGUAUUAUCAGAGGCCCAUUGGAGUCCUGUUUAAGAGUUCAGAUGCCUGGAAGAAAGACCGAGUCAUCCUAAACCAAGAGGUGAUGGCGCCCGAAGCCAUCAAGAACUUUGUGCCCCUGCUGGAAGGUGUAGCUCAGGACUUCAUCAAAGUCUUGCACAGACGCAUCAAGCAGCAAAAUUCUGGAAAUUUCUCAGGGGACAUCACUGAUGACCUAUUCCGCUUUUCCUUUGAGUCCAUCACCAGUGUUGUAUUUGGGGAGCGCCUGGGGAUGCUGGAGGAGAUCGUGGAUCCCGAGGCCCAGCGGUUCAUCAAUGCUGUCUACCAGAUGUUCCACACCAGUGUCCCCAUGCUCAACCUGCCUCCAGACUUCUUUCGACUCCUCAGAACUAAGACCUGGAAGGACCAUGCAGCUGCCUGGGAUGUAAUUUUCAAUAAAGCUGAUGAGUACACCCAGAACUUCUACUGGGACUUAAGGCAGAAGCGAGACUUCAGCAAGUACCCCGGUGUCCUUUAUAGCCUCCUGAGGGGCAACAAGCUGCCCUUCAAGAACAUCCAGGCCAACAUUACCGAGAUGCUGGCAGGAGGGGUGGACACGACCUCCAUGACCCUGCAGUGGAACCUUUAUGAGAUGGCACACAACUUGAAGGUACAGGAGAUGCUGCGGGCUGAAGUCCUGGCUGCCCGGCGCCAGGCCCAGGGAGACAUGGCCAAGAUGGUACAGUUGGUCCCACUCCUCAAAGCCAGCAUCAAGGAGACACUGAGACUCCACCCCAUCUCCGUGACCCUGCAGAGGUAUGCUGUGAGUGACCUGGUGCUUCGCAAUUACAAGAUACCAGCCAAGACUUUGGUACAGGUGGCUAGCUUUGCCAUGGGUCGAGAUCCGGGCUUCUUUCCCAAUCCAAACAAGUUUGACCCAACUCGUUGGCUGCAACAAAGCCAAAACACCACCCACUUCCGGUACUUGGGCUUUGGCUGGGGUGUUCGGCAGUGUCUGGGCCGGCGGAUCGCGGAGCUGGAGAUGACCAUCCUCCUCAUCAAUGUGCUGGAGAACUUCAGAAUUGAAGUUCAAAGUCUCCGUGAUGUGGGGACCAAGUUCAGCCUCAUCCUGAUGCCUGAGAGCCCCAUCCUCUUCAACUUCCAGCCUCUCAAGCAGGAUCUGGACCCAACUGUGACCAGAAAGGGUGACACUGUAUGAACUGCAGGCUGGAGUCACAUGGGGAGGUGGCCCACGGGGCAUUUGAGGGUGGUGUCUCUGUAUCUUCAGAGACAGCACUCUGUGAUUACCUGCCCAGGUUAGCUGGGCCCUCCUCUCCUUCAUCCUCUUUCCCCCUUCACUUACCCAGGAGGUUAAUAAACACGUGAACACUAGGGACCGUUUG